CCAUCUCCACCUCUUUCUCAAACUCUCUCGUCUGUAUCAACACCACUCUUUCCGCAGCACUCGCUCUUCUCCUGGUUCAUUGCGGUGCAUCCCCAACGCCCGUACCACCACCUCGUCGUCGACACGUCCUUUGCAUCCCCAGCUGCGCGCCGAGGCCCCUGCCGCAACACGCCCCUUAUCUCUGCACCACGCCCUGCCGAAACCCAACACUUGCGUGGCGAAAUCGGCCGCCGGCACGCAUGGAAUGACCCGACACGCUGGCCUUUCCUAAGAGAAAUCAACCCUCUACCUACCACUCGACUCUUGCACGCCGACAGGCUUGACCCACUCCCGUGACGCAAGCUUGCCGCGUGUAAGUACCGACGCGACCUAGGCUUCGACUGUAUCACUACCACCUCGAUCCUCGCUUCUUCCCCACCCACCAGCCAUUCACUCCCCGCCGGCCAUGUCUGGCCCAUUUUUGGAUGGCCUGAACCACACAAUGCCAGUACCUCGGGAUAUCCCCAAUCGCCCAAACCUGCAGGGUAUUAUCCCAGUCGAAACUGCCAGUAACACGACCAUCCCCAACGCAGCAGCUGGUUCUUCCGCAGCAGCGGCAGCCGCUGCUGCCGCAACCGCAGCCGGCACUCCGAACGAUGUCGCAGGCGUGCUCCGUCGUAACCAGGCAUGUCUAGCAUGUCGACGACGUAAGCUGAAAUGUGACGCGGUGAGGCCGCAUUGCUCAACCUGCGUCCGAUCAUAUCGUCACCUCCUUCGUACCGCACCUGGAACCCGGCCCGUCCUUUCGUGCGAGUACGAUGAUGCACCCGACAAGGAACCUGGCCAGGGCGAUACAGAGCGCACAUCACCCACUGAAGACGAUGAUGAUGCCAAGAAGAAGAAACGCAAGGCGUCUGGUGGCCGCAAGAAGCGGGACGAGGACCUUGACGAGGAGAGAGAUCGUUUGGCGAAGCGCAUUCUCGAGCUAGAGAACCAGCUGGCCACCAAGGCCAGCGCGGCCGCUGCCGGCUCGUCGUCGUCGUCGUCGUCGCAGGCAUCUAAAUGGACGGGGUCGUUCGGGUCGUCGACUGACUCGCCGGCUACAUUCCUCGAAAUGUUGCAGAACGGCACGUCGUCGUCGCAGCCCCCGUCGGCUUCGACAUCGGCACCAAUCUUUCCCGUCGGCCUCACGCCACUUUGGACGUCAAACGAUCGUAGUGAGACAACUGGCCUGCCACUGUUCCCGUACAUCGACAACGACAUCUCCAUGUCGUCGGUGGAGCCGGCCGGCGAUGCGUCGACAUUACGGCCUUCAGAUGCCGCUCCCGCCAUGCUCUCCCCGAACGGCGUCUUCAAUUUCUCGCCGGCGCCGUCGGGACCAACUUGGAACCCGGCGAAUACGGAGCCGACAAAGCAGUCGUCCGGCGACUCUGCAUCAUCCUGGCGGGGUCUCGAGUCGGCCCUGCCGCAGAUGAGUGCAAACAGCUACGCAGAUGGAGCCAACGGACCGAUUGAAACGGCAGCGUUGGAUGAGAUUGCAGCGUCGAAAGCCGCCGCUUUCCAGCAAUCGAUUGGUGUCGACAGCUUUGGCGGCGUCGCCAUGGACGGAGUGCUUGAUAAUCAGAUUCUCAUGGAUCUGUUCUGGCCAGGGUGGCCGCCGAACCUUCCGGAGCCGCCGGUGGUCAAUGCGCUCGUCGAGGUCUUUUUCGACACUGUCCCCAACAUGCCCCGAAUCUUGCACCGGGCUCGUUUCCUCGCGCGCAUGGCGCUCCCGCCGACGCAUUCAAACUUUCCGCACCCUGCGCUCAUCCACUCUAUCUGCUCGCUCGCUGCCAGCUGGGCGGCGCCUGGUGUCACUGAAGGCGCGACCCUGAAGAGCACCUUUGGUGGCCGGGGAUCGAGCCCGACACAGCAGGACUCACUUCCAUUUGGUUUACGCCAGGCCGCAUUCGCCAAGGAUGCCGUGCAGGACGGUCUCAACACGGGUAACCGUCUCUUCGAUGUUGUCCGUGCCAUGAUCGUUCUCUGUCGGGUGUUCAUCGACGACACUCGAAUGCUCGAGUGCUGGACUUACUGUGGUCUGGUUUCGCGGAUGAUUCUGCCGCUGGGUCUCAACGUUCGCUCGGCCGAGCUGUCACUCAAGUCGGUCAUGCUUCCUCCGCCAGUCGACGCUCUUGAGCGCGAGGAGCGCCGCGCGGUCGUGUGGAUGGCAAUGUACCACGACACGAUCGCGUCGGCCGCGUCUGGAUGGGGCACGUCAAUGGCGCUCGACGAGCUCACUGUGCCGCUCCCCGUCUCCAUGAAGGACUUUGAAGCAGGCCACGAGACCAUGGACUCGAACCCGCAGGACCUCGAGUCGCUAGACCUGUACAUCAAGCACCCCGUCGUCGACGCGUUCGUCAUGAGCCUGAAGGGUGCCGUCUUACUCAACCGUGUCAACAAAUUCGCGAGGAAGUGGAAGAACCGCCGCAUGCGUGACAAUGACGACCUCGACGGCAUGCAGCGUCCCGAGUUCCGCGAACUUGCCAACGCGAUUGCCUGCUUGCAGAUGAGCUUCCCAGCCAGCCUUCGGACCCCGGCCAAGCUCGACGACAAGAACAAGUUGGACGUGGACCUCAUCAGCGCCCAUGUCAUCCCCCAGUCGGCCAUCAUUUGCCUGUACGAGCCGUUUGCCGACAUUACCGACCCGAAUGACCAGCCGGCUCGCCGCAUUCUCAACGCCUCGCAGGCCAUCGUCGGAGUCGUCCAGCAGAUUGCUGGAACUGACCAGGCCGCCAACCUCGGUGCCAUCAUGCACUCAUCAUCGUCGGUCGGCCUCGUGACUGCCGCCCGAACUCUUCUUCUCUUCUAUCGCCACGCUCUCAAUAUUGGCGACCAGGCCUCGGCUGAUGCCCACCGCGCCGACAUUGAGACUGCCCGCAUGGCACUGGCGCAAUACGGCGCCAAAUUCAAGAUUGGGUACCACCACGCGCAGCUCAUCGAGUACUUCCUCGACCGUGCCACGCGGCCAACGUUUGAAAAGUUGGCCGCACACUACCCGGAACACCCACGCUCUGGGGCAGUCGAGCUCACGCCGACUGCCAACUUUGGCCUGUGCAUCAUGAACGCGCUCAACAUCAAGCGAGGAUACUGGCGUGUCGCACCGGGAUCACAAAAUCAGUACCCCGCAGGCGUCGGCAUCAAUGUCGGACCCGUCGUUUCCCCCGCCGGUUCCACACCAGGUAGUCAAGCGUCGGUCGGCUCCGGCUCCGUCCCCAACAACAACAACAAUAGCAACCCGCAACAUCGCACCUCGGUAGGCGCCUAUGACUCGCCAGGAUCGUCUGGAGCACCCUCGCUUACCUCGUCGUCGACAGCCAGUGCCUCGUCACUGGGGUGGCCCGGAGCGGCGGGAGCAACUGCGUUUAAUGGCGUAAUGCCGCCUGCUGCUGCGCCUGCGAAGCAACUUUCGCAGCAGGAGAAGGAGAAGAACAACUUUGCGUACAACUUCCUCUACAACCACGGGCCGCCCGACAAGGACAACAAGGAUUACGACAUCUUCGCCGAGAAGGACUGCAUCCUUGGCGGCCACGCGAUGCCGAACCUGGCGGCCGAGAAGCUGGCCGAGGCGAACAGGCUGAGUGAGCAGCUGGCGAGUGGGAUAGUGGAGCUGGAUUAGGGAGAGGGGAGAGGGAGGAGAUACGAGGGAUGAGAGCCUGGAGGGACGUAGGGAAGUAGGACACCCCAUUAACAUUUUACCGAAACCGUGUCGCGUCCUAGACCUGUAUCUAGUUUUCUUCGUGUGUGUUGAGACCAGACAGAACAUGUAUGAUAAUCAUGGCAA